GGGCAGCAGAACCGCCCCUUCGCUGGCCCAGCCCUGUUUCAAAUGGAGUUUAUGAGCCGGUUACUUUUUCAUUGACCACCUUCCUCAUGUUAGUUGCUUUCACUCACAAAACUUGUUUUUGCUACUUUGGCCAUAUUAUCAUAUUCUUAUCUCAUUGUUUCCUGUGGUUGUUUUUGCUACUUUGGCCGGUUGAUCUGUUUGUUAUCUUAUUGUUUCUUGUGGUUAUUAUGUCCUCGCUUGCUUGGGAAUGGAGUGAACUAAUCCUGCUCUGGCUUGUGCUUGUUGGGCUGUUGUGGUUAUGGUGGUUGUGCUCAGAAAUCGACUAAGGCUGCUUACAACUUUUCUGGAGCAUUUGGUUGCAGAAGGAAGCAAGGAUGUCCAUGUGCACAAUGCCAUUGGCAAGAUUCUUAUCGACACAAACAAUAAUCCUGAGCACUUUCUCAACACAAACCCCUAUUAUGACGCACGUGUUGUGGGCAAACACUGUGAAAAGCGUGAUCCCCUUCUGGCCUGUGUUGCUUACAAAAAGGGCCAGUGCGACGAUGAGCUCAUUGCAGUUACGAGCAAGAACUCCCUGUUCAAGAUCCAGUCCAGGUAUGUGGUUGAGAGGCAGGAUGAUGAGCUGUGGGCCAAAGUUCUUGAUCCAAAGAACAAGUUUCGACGGCAGCUCAUUGAUCAGGUGGUUUCAACUGCUUUGCCAGAGAGCAAGAGUCCAGAACAGGUCUCAAAGGCAGUGAUGGCCUUCAUGACAGCAGACCUUCCGCAUGAGCUCAUUGAGUUACUUGAGAAAAUUGUGCUCCAGAACUCUGCUUUCAGUGGCAAUCCGAAUCUCCAGAAUCUGCUUCUUUUGACGGCAAUUAAGGUGGAUACAACUCGUGUCAUGGACUACGUCAACCGGCUUGACAAUUUUGAUGGCCCUGCUGUGGGAGAGAUAGCAGUCGCCGCAGAGCUUUACGAGGAGGCUUUUGCGAUUUACAAGAAGUUUUCACACAAUGUGCUUGCUGUGAAUGUCUUACUCGACAACAUUGGGAGUAUUGAACGUGCCGUCGAUUUUGCCACACGAGUCGAAGAGAGCGAAGUGUGGACCCAGGUUGGGAAGGCCCAACUCCGAGAAGGAAGAAUAGGGGACGCCAUUGAUUCUUUCAUUCGUGCCAAUGAUGUGUCACUCUACAGUGAAGUCAUCAUGGCAGCAGAGCUUGCGGAGGCAUUUGAAGAGCUGGUCAAAUAUCUCAUCAUGGUGCGAAAGACCGUGAAGGAGUCAAGGGUGGACGGUGAGCUUCUUUAUGCAUAUGCGAAAAUCAAUAAGCUGGAACAAAUGGAGGCAUUCCUUGAGGAGCCCAACGUAGCAAACCUUCAGGCCGUGGGAGAUCGUUGCUUUGAUGAAGCACUUUAUGAAGCCGCAAAAGUCAUCUUCACUCGUAUAUCCAAUUGGCAAAGACUGGCGUCGACUCUCCUCAAACUCAAGCAAUUCCAGCAAGCGGUGGAAGCUGCACGGAAUGCAGAUAGCAUGAGAACCUGGAAGGAGGUUUGCUUUGCUUGUGUUGAUGCCGAGGAGUUCAGGUUGGCACAUACCUGUGGUCUGAAUAUUAUCGUACAGAACACUCUAGACCAGAUCCUGGACAUUUUGCGAAGGCCAGGAUUUAGGCCACCAGCACAAUCGCCGUUGUUAUUAACGGCGAUGUUAGGCCCCUUUCCCGUACAAGCUGGCACACAACCAAGUGGCACGUCUGCAGCAGCUGCACAGACUGUUGCUUCUUCUUCGUCGGGUCCAGCGGUGGGUGCUACACCACCGCAACAACCUGUUCCUCAACAGGGACAGCCGCAAGGUCAAUGGUACCUUAAGAUCCCAAUGAAACCGCCUCUUGCCUUCUCAGGCGAGAGGAAGGACGAAGAACACAACACUUGGUUGAGAACAAUUCCGGUUUGGGUGAAGGCGAAGAGGACCUUGCCAGAGGACGAAGAGGUAACUGCUGCAUCUUACCUCGAAGAGAUCGAUGAGCUCACAGGCCUGUUGGACGUUUCAGAGUACGACGGCGAGGAGACCGCUGAGGGUAGCACCCUCCUCGCAGAAGUCAAGGCUAAGGCUGGUGGCCGAGUGAAGGGCCAGCCAAAGAGUCAAGGGAAGGCCGCCUCCAAUCAGACCAAAGUGGCUGAUUGGGUCAAGGCAGGUCUUGAUCAAGACGUGUGGCAAGACCGUCGAGUGCGUGGCGCUUGUAUUAACUUUGGAUGGGAAGAAGUUGAGACGAUUGAGUACAUGAGCAAGAAAAUGCCAUCAAAAUUGGCAAAGUCCACCAACGAAAGGGAACUCUAUGCUCUCUACAAGGCACUUGUCCAUUGGAGACACUUUCUGUUGGGACGGUUCUUCUACUUGAGAAAUGACCAUCAGACGCUCAAAUGGAUCAAGACUCAACCGGCUCUUUCCGAUGCACUCGAGCGUUGGAUUGAGGUCAUAGAUCAAUAUGACUUCAAGCUUGAGUAUCUGAAGGGAGAGCACAACAAGGUUGCGGAUGCGCUAUCCCGUAGAGCAGACUACCUAGGUGCGCUAGUUUCUGAGUUUGGUGUAUCUGAAGGAGUAACUCAAUCAUUGGUGGGAGCCUAUCAGGAAGACUUUGUCACGAUGGACAUCAUCCGCAAACUUCAGGCAAAAGACAAUGCCACGGAAAGACUGAGUGUUUCCAUGGAUUUCAUGGAUACCCUGGUGACCAGCAAGAGUGGCAAGAGGCACAUCUUCGUCAUCAUUGAUCGAUUCACCAAGUACGCUAGACUAGUUGCCGUGCUAGAGAGCGCAAGGACGGACCAUGUCAUCAAGUUGUUCCAGGACAACUGGGUGCGUGACUUUGGUUUACCAAAGACAAUCGUUAGUGACAGAGAUGUUCGUUCCACAAGUGAGUUGUGGAAGAAGACUGCUGAGCAGAUGGGCAGUCAACUUAAGAUGACUUCAGGGAAUCAUCCCGAAGCCAACGGACAGGCCGAGCAAAUUAAUAGAGUUGUACAACACUUGCUGAGGCAUUACAUCAAGCCCAACCAGGAUGAUUGGGAUGAGAAGUUGCCUCUCAUCGCCAGCCUGUACAACAACGCUGUACACAACAGUACCGGCGUUAGUCCUAACCAGCUGCACUUGGGAUGGAAGCCUAGAUCUGCUCUAGACUUCCUCCUACCUGAAAACCGAUCCUCUGCAACUCCAGGCACACUUAAGUAUGGUGUGCAGUAUGAGAAGUUGUUGCAGCAAGCUGUCGAGCAUAUUACGAAAGCUCAGCAAGCAAUGAUUGCUUCUGAGAACAAGCAUCGACGACAGUCCUCAUUUCAGGUAGGGGAACGUGUCUGGGUCAAGGCUAGUGAGCUAGGACAGGAAUUCGAUAUCUCUAGAAAACUAAUGCCUCAGUACUUUGGUCCUUGGGAAGUCCUAGAUGUAGUAGGGGAUGAGAUGGAUGGUCCUACCUAUGUUAUCCGUAUCCCUGGACACCUACGCACUCACCCUGUCUUUCAUGCCUCAAAGCUUGCACCUUUCGCUGAGACUGAGCAAUUCUCCUUCAAGGAGAUCGAUGCUGCCCCCAACCAUGGAUGGUCGAGUGGACAUCGAUGACAUUGUGGAUCACAGAGAUCUGCCCGUUCAGAAGCCAUUGGGUAGAGGACCUCCUAAACCCAAGAGAGAAUAUCGCGUUAGAUUCAGGCAUCAUUCGGAUCCAAAAGAAGACCGGUGGUUCACUGACACAGCUCCUCAGGUGGUGGCAGAAUAUGAGAGGAAUCUGAAAGGGAAGGCACCUGCGAAGUAAGCAUCUCAGCGGACUUUCGAAGCUAAGGGGGAUGGAAUGUGAGGAUUGAGCCCUCAAGAAGGGGCCUUUCCAUGAUGAACAUGUUUUGGGCUAAGGCCCCAGCAAGCCUAGUGCCCGCCCUAAGUGAAGGCGGGCCAGCAAAUCAACAAGAGCCCCCUGU